UUUUUCUCUCUCUUCCCCUUCUUCUUCUUCUUCCCCGCUCUCUCUUUCAAGCGGCAGAGAAGGGAAAGAUCAAGCCCCCGCAUAUACAGCUUUUUCCUUCGUCUUCUUCCCUUCUCACUCUCUCCCUCCUCCUCCUGCUUCCUCCUUUUCCAUAGCGCUGACAGUAUCGUCGUCAGAGGAAGGGACGAACUUGCCGACCAAUUCAUUGCCUUUAGCUGAUUCCAUGAAGUUCUUCCCAGCUGGGUCCUCUUAUUUUCUCGUAAUCGACUGAUUCCUGAGUCGGGUUGUGCUGGAUUACGUUUACCCGCUUGUUGGGUGUCCGUUGAAUUGGGAGAGUGAAGUGGGGAGAGCUCGUCGGCGAUGGCCUCUACAAGCAAAGGUGCAACUUCACAGUCGCAGAAGCAGCAGCAGCAGCAGCAGCAGCAGCAGCAGCAUGCUCAGUCGUCGCAUAACAACACCAAUUAUAGCAUGAGAGCAAUCGCCGACUCUUCAGUCAACAAGGCCAUUGCCCAGUACACAGUGGACGCCCGCCUCCACGCCGUGUUCGAGCAGUCGGGCGAGUCGGGUAAGUCCUUCGACUACUCCCAGUCCAUUAAGACCCCUGCCCAGUCCGUACCUGAGCAACAAAUUACGGCCUACCUCUCCAGAAUCCAGCGGGGCGGCCACAUUCAGCCCUUCGGCUGCCUGAUGGCCGUUGAUGAGUCUACCUUCCGGGUCAUAGCAUACAGUGAGAACGCCCAUGAAUUGCUCGGCCUCAAUCCACAGUCAGUCCCGAGCCUUGACAGGCCCCCCGAGACCCUUUCGGUUGGGACCGAUGUCAGGACCCUCUUUACUCCCUCCAGUGCCAUCCUCCUCGAGAAGGCCUUCGGUGCCCGCGAGAUCACCCUGCUGAACCCCAUAUGGAUCCACUCGAAGAACUCAGGGAAGCCCUUUUACGCAAUUCUACAUAGAAUUGAUGUCGGGAUUGUGAUUGAUUUGGAGCCUGCCAGGACCGAGGACCCUGCCUUGUCAAUUGCAGGGGCGGUCCAAUCCCAGAAGCUAGCUGUGAGAGCUAUUUCUCAGCUGCAAUCUCUCCCGGGAGGGGAUAUUCAGCUGCUGUGUGAUACUGUUGUUCAGAGUGUGAGGGAGCUUACAGGCUACGAUAGAGUUAUGGUGUAUAAGUUCCAUGAGGAUGAGCACGGGGAGGUCGUAGCGGAGUGUAAGAGCCCUGACUUGGAUCCCUAUAUUGGGCUCCACUACCCUGCCACCGAUAUACCGCAGGCCUCGAGGUUCUUGUUCAAGCAAAAUCGCGUUAGGAUGAUUGUGGAUUGCGACACGAAGCCUGUAAGAGUCGUGCAGGACGAGGGUCUAAUGCAGCCCCUCUGCCUUGUGGGCUCCACCCUCAGGGCCCCGCACGGGUGCCACGCACAGUACAUGGCAAAUAUGGGCUCCAUCGCUUCCCUUGCUAUGGCCGUCAUCAUCAAUGGGAACGACGAGGAGGUGGUGGGAGGAAGGAAUGCUAUGAGGCUCUGGGGCCUCGUGGUUUGCCAUCACACCUCUGCUAGGUGUAUCCCGUUCCCUCUCCGGUAUGCUUGUGAGUUUUUGAUGCAAGCGUUCGGGCUUCAGUUGAACAUGGAGCUUCAGCUGGCUUCCCAGCUUUCAGAGAAGCAUGUUCUUAGGACACAAACGCUUCUUUGUGACAUGCUCCUUAGGGAUUCUCCAUUGGGGAUUGUUACUCAGAGCCCCAGCAUCAUGGACCUUGUAAAGAGCGAUGGGGCUGCUCUGUACUACCACGGGAAGUACUAUCCCCUUGGGGUAACACCUAGCGAAGCCCAGAUUAGGGACAUCGUGGAGUGGUUGCUGGCCUUCCACGGGGACUCCACAGGCCUCAGCACGGACAGCUUGGCCGAUGCUGGCUACCCUGGGGCCGCCAGCCUCGGUGAUGCGGUAUGUGGGAUGGCUGUGGCCUAUAUAACCAAGCAGGACUUCCUCUUUUGGUUCCGGUCCCACACUGCAAAGGAGAUCAAGUGGGGUGGGGCCAAGCACCACCCUGAGGACAAGGAUGAUGGGCAAAGGAUGCAUCCGAGGUCGUCCUUUAAGGCCUUCCUGGAGGUGGUGAAGAGUCGGAGCCUGCCAUGGGAGAAUGCAGAGAUGGACGCAAUCCACUCCCUACAACUCAUUCUAAGGGACUCCUUUAAGGAUGCAGAACCAGGCAACUCUAAAGCUGUUGUGAGUGCUCAGAUGGGGGAUCUCGAGCUCCAAGGGUUGGACGAGCUGAGCUCAGUCGCCAGGGAGAUGGUUCGGCUUAUUGAGACUGCGACUGCCCCUAUAUUUGCCGUGGAUGUUGAUGGGCACAUAAAUGGUUGGAAUGCUAAGAUCGCAGAGCUCACGGGGCUUCCGGUGGAGGAAGCUAUGGGGAAGUCCCUUGUUCACGACCUCGUAUACAAAGAAUCUGCAGAAACUGUCGACAAGCUUCUCUUUCAUGCCUUGAGAGGUGAAGAAGACAAGAACGUUGAGAUAAAACUGAAAACUUUUGGUCCUGAGAGCCAUGACGAGGCAGUUUUUGUGGUAGUGAAUGCUUGCUCCAGCAAGGAUUACACGAACAACAUUGUUGGGGUCUGCUUCGUGGGUCAAGAUGUGACUGGCCAGAAAGUAGUGAUGGACAAAUUCAUUAACAUACAGGGCGACUAUAAAGCUAUUGUUCACAGUCCGAAUCCUCUGAUCCCUCCAAUAUUUGCCACAGAUGAGAAUACUUGCUGUUCUGAGUGGAACACAGCCAUGGAGAAGUUGACGGGUUGGCCUAGAGGAGAAGUGAUGGGAAAGAUGUUGGUAGGAGAAGUUUUUGGCAGUUUGUGUCGGCUGAAAGGACCUGAUGCUAUAACGAAAUUUAUGAUUGUCCUUCACAAUGCCACUGCAGGUCAAGAUGCUGAUAAGUUCCCAUUUUCAUUCUACGAUCGAAACGGGAAAUAUGUGCAGGCUCUGCUGACAGCAAAUAAGAGGGUAAAUAUGGAAGGACAGAUUAUUGGGGCUUUCUGCUUCUUGCAGAUUGCGAGUCCCGAGCUUCAGCAGGCUCUGAAGGUUCAGAGGCAGCAGGAGAAGAAGUGUUUCUCGAGAAUGAAGGAAUUGGCUUAUAUUUGUCAGGAGAUCAAGAACCCUUUAAAUGGGAUCCGAUUCACCAAUUCGCUUUUGGAGGCUACGGAGUUGACUGAGGAUCAGAAGCAGUUUCUGGAGACCAGUGCAGCCUGUGAGAAGCAGAUGAUGAAAAUAAUUAGGGACGUUGAUCUCGAGCGAAUAGAAGAUGGUUCCUUGGAGCUCAAGAAAUUUGAAUUCUUCCUUGGAAGCGUCAUUAAUGCCGUUGUUAGCCAAGUCAUGAUAUUGCUGAGAGAAAGAGGUCUACAGUUGAUUCGGGAUAUCCCUGAUGAGAUAAAGACAAUGGCCGUCUAUGGAGAUCAAUUAAGGAUUCAGCAAGUCUUGGCAGACUUCUUGCUGAAUAUUGUGCGCUGUGCUCCGUCCCUAGAGGGUUGGGUGGAGAUUCAUGUCCGCCCGAGUCUUAAACAAAUAUCUGAUGGGCUCACUGUGGUGCAUACUGAAUUUAGGAUGGUAUGUCCGGGGGAAGGUUUGCCUCCCGAACUGGUCCAAGAUAUGUUCCAUAGCAGUCAGUGGAUGACUCAAGAGGGCUUGGGCCUAAGCAUGUGCAGGAAGAUCCUGAAGCUCAUGAAUGGUGAAGUCCAAUAUAUUCGAGAAUCGGAGAGAUGCUAUUUCAUCAUAAUCCUCGAGCUCCCCGUGCCCCCUAGACCACCGAAAAGCCUGGAAUAGAGAUUCUCGUGGGAAAAAAAAAACAGAUAUGGGAGUUAGAACUCAUGUAUCAGCAUUCUCCACAAAAUGCUCAAGAAUCCAGGAUGAGCAGAGCCCAAUGGAGGCUCAGUAAAACGCUAACUCAUCUUGGGAUGUCUUUCCUUAUUUGGCCUUUGGCAUCUGGCCCCGUCGAAAUAAAUGACUCCUCAUAAAUGGUAACUGAUUAACUUCUUGAACAGAAAAAGAAGACCGGUACUGAAACUGAAAGCUGUGCAGAGAGGGAAAGAGGCUCGUGUGGUUGAAGCCUGUGAAUCGGAUGAUUUGUAGAGUGGCAGUCUGUGCUGUAGGUAUAUUGACUGCAUAAACUAUUGUAAAGAGAACUUUCUUUUCCCACUUUUGAGUUUGCGGAACGAGAUCGUUCCCUUCUAGAGGUUAGAGUUUAUAGUCUAAUGGACCUUACCUGCGUAAUAUGUCGAGAUUUGCUUCUCUUUUUGCAGCCUGAAUCUGUGAUUGCUUGUAUUUUCCACCCGUGUCAGAUUAGUAUUGAAUUGCUCUUGAUAUUCCCUCCGGGGUUUUUGUAUCAAUGAGAUGUUUCUUCUUUUGGUCCAA